CAUAAAAAAAAAAAAAAAUCGAGAUUACGCCUAUCUCUUUUUUACAGAUCCGUUCAGUGUCACUGUCAAUAAAUAUAAAUAUCGGCUUUUACAGUAAGAGAGAAACUGAUGGAUUACCGACGGGCAUUGAGAGGUGAGAGGGGGGUGCUAUCAUCCUUACUUUUUGUUUAUUAGACAGGAUUGUAAGGGUAGUAGGUUUAUAUCUAAAUAGUUAAAAUAAGGUUGUACUGAGUUAAAAUACACCCUCUCGUCCCUGGGUAGGGUAGGUGCAACAAUGGGGAUAUCUCUUCCUCUCCCCCCCCCCAAAAAAAGAAAAAAGUCCGAAAAAGGUUUGCUGUAAUUUUGGCCCUUUCAAACAAAAGAAAUGGAAUUUCAAGGAUUUCCACGCAUUCACAGUAUAUUUUAUGCCGUCUUUGACAUUAUUAAAGGCACAGUUGUCAAACAUCAAGUACCUGAAGGCAGUAUCACACGCCAACCUGAAAAACAAGAAACAACAGGCAAAACUUUAAUUGAUUUCGAAGCCAUUAGUGAAUACAUUAUUCCCAAGAAACAGUUAUACAAGCGACUGGUCACUAUUUGUACCAACGGGUACAAGGUCAUGGGUUGUCCUGUUGUCUUGCACGAUCAUGAAAAGUACCGUCAUUUUAGAAAUGAGUUUCGAUUUAAUCUUUGUUUUGUGUUUGAACAAGAUGCUGAAACAAGCAGUUAUGAAGCCGUUGUCAGAAAACUUUCUCGCGUACUUGAAGGUUUAGAGCUCGAAUGUAACUUUUUAUCAAAAGACGUGAGUUCUGAAUCGCAAACAGUGCAAAACGUGAUUGAGCAACUCUUCGAAGAUCUUAAUAGUUAUUGUGAAUGUCAAAUACCCAUUAACACUUUUAAUACGAUCAAUUUAAAACUGUUCCCAACGUACCCCAAUCCAAGAACCGUCUAUGAUUAUCAGGUGCCCGUGUGUACUGUGGAUGUGCGUAAAAUGAUGAAUCCUAAUUGGGAUAUUACUGUUCAAAAAGUAGCCAGUCUGAUUAAUGGUAUUCAUCAUGUAAAGCGGAUUGCUGAACUAGCAAACGUGAAAGGAGAAUGGGCAAGACAAAGCAUGGAACACAUGAUGUAUUACGGCUGCAUUAUCAUGACAGAUAUCUUUCAAUACUCAAACGUUUAUGCUGUAAAACCCGAAAUCACACGUUUGUUUGAUCCCAAAUAUGGUCUUGCACAGGAGUGUCUGCGAUAUAUCAUGAUUCCUAAUGCACCAGAAAUUUCGAUUGAACGUAUUUAUGCCUUAUAUUGUGGCCUAAAACAUGGAUUGACUGUCAAAGACUGGAUUGAGGAGCAACAGUUAUCCGUGUUACAUAUUGAUGAAAGACGUGUGAUAUCUUUUGGUGUAAUUAAAGGUUUGAUUUACAGAGUCCAUAAAUAUCCAAUUUUAGCGAGCACACAUGAAAGUGAAACCCAAUCUAGUUUUCCCUGCAAAAAUAUUAUUCCUUAUUUAGAUGGGAAACAUCAUUACGACGAAAUUUGUACGGAUUUGGAAUGUUCACCACAAGAACUGGAUGAACAAUUGGGCUACAUUAGCAACCAACAACAACAGCAACAACAACAGCAACAACAACAGCAGCAGCCACAUCAGGAUGAAGUAGAUAAGGAACAACAUGCGGUCAAUACUGUUUAUGAAGGCAUGGCUGAGGAUAAACAAAAUGAAGGUCAGCCUCAGUGGAGUGUACAAUUUAUAUUUAGAUAAGUCUUUUUUAUUAUUAUUAUUAUUAUUAAACAAUACGCUUGCUUGGUGUGUGUGUGUGUACGUGGGGGGCUUGGGUCCAUUUUUAAUUAUAGACUCCCCCUCCCUGUCUU